UCAACUCGCUAAGUAGAACUCAAAUUGGACAUGUCUAGGCCCUACUUAUAAGCAGACAUAUCGAUUCGUGACUAAUCAAGAUGAGAAGAUUCCAAGUACAAACUGAUCUCUUCCUAUAUAAACUCCAUCACACUUUCCGUAGCACCACCGCUGCUGCUGCUGCUGUUGCUGCCUCUUUAUGAUGGGAUCUGCAGGUGAGCCCCCUCAGAAUCUCUCGACCCCUCUCUUAACGCCCUCCGGCGAUGGCGACGACGAUGGCGACAAACUCCCUCUGCCGACGUCCUCUCCGGGGCCGACGGCAGACAGCGCAGCGCACGGCGCCAGCAGCCAGCUGGAGAGCGUCCUGACGGACGGCUCGGUGCCGCUGGGCCGCCGCGUCUGGCUGGGGUCGGUGAUCGAGAUGCGGCUGCUCGUGCGCCUCGCCGCACCCGCCGUGCUGGUGUACAUGCUCAACUACGUCAUGUCGAUGGCCACGCAGAUCUUCUCCGGCCAUCUCGGCACUCUCGAGCUCGCCGCCGCCUCUCUCGGCAAUACCGGCAUCCAAGUCUUCGCCUACGGCCUCAUGCUGGGAAUGGGGAGCGCGGUCGAGACGCUCUGCGGUCAAGCGUACGGCGCGCACAAAUACGACAUGCUCGGCGUGUACCUGCAACGGUCGACGAUUCUGCUGAUGGCCACGGGCGUGCCGCUCGCAGUCAUCUACGCGUUCUCCCGACCGAUCCUCAUCCUGCUCGGGGAAUCGCCGGAGAUCGCGAACGCCGCGUCGGUCUUCGUCUACGGCCUGAUCCCGCAGAUCUUCGCCUACGCCGCCAACUUCCCGAUUCAAAAGUUUCUGCAGGCGCAGAGCAUCAUGGCGCCGAGCGCUUACAUAUCAGCUGCGACCGUUGCGGUGCAUGUGGUGCUGAGUUGGGUGGCCGUUUACAAGUUGGGCCUGGGCCUGUUGGGGGCCUCGCUCGUGUUGAGUCUGAGUUGGUGGAUCAUAGUUGUGGCCCAAUUCAUUUACAUAGUGAAGAACGAUCGGUGCCGGCUCACGUGGACCGGGUUGUCGUGGCGGGCGUUCUCGGGCCUGCCCGACUUCCUGAAACUGUCGGCGGCGUCCGCUGUGAUGCUCUGUCUCGAGACCUGGUACUUCCAGAUCAUCGUGCUCAUCGCCGGCCUGCUCGAGAACCCGGAGUUGGCCCUCGAUUCGCUCUCCGUGUGCAUGACAAUAUCUGGGUGGGUGUUCAUGAUCUCAGUAGGGUUCAAUGCAGCAGCAAGUGUGAGAGUGAGCAACGAGCUCGGCGCGGGGAACCCGAAGUCCGCGGCAUUUUCGGUGACCGUUGUGACAACACUCUCGUUCAUUAUAUCGGUCGUACUCGCUGUGAUCGUCAUGUGUGUUCGUGACUACAUUGGUUACAUCUUCACGGAAGGUGAGGAGGUGGCUCGGGCCGUCUCCGACCUCACUCCGUUCCUCGCCGUCACAUUUAUCCUUAACGGGAUCCAACCCGUCUUGUCCGGUGUUGCUGUUGGGUGUGGAUGGCAAGCAUUUGUGGCAUAUGUUAAUGUGGGGUGUUAUUACAUUGUGGGUGUUCCACUUGGUUGUCUCCUUGGUUUCUAUUUCAAUUUGGGAGCAAAGGGAAUAUGGGGAGGAAUGAUGGGAGGAACAAUCAUGCAAACCAUCAUUCUAAUAUGGGUUACUUUUAGAACAGAUUGGAAUAAAGAGGUGGAGGUAGCACAGAAGAGGUUGAACAAGUGGGAGGACAAAAAGCAGCCCCUCUUAGCUUCUGAUUAAUGAGUAUAAAAAAAAAAGGCAAAAAUAGGAUCAAUGUGAUUAAUGAGUAUUUUAUAUUAAUUAUACAAGAAUUGUUAUUCUUUUUUUUUAGGAUACUCAUUCCAUAGUUAGAAUGCUAAAAUGGUGAAUGAUGUUUAGAGUAGUGCAAAAUAAUGAUCUCCAAUUAAUUUAGUGGAGAUCUGUAUUAAAGUGGAUGUGGAAAAUGGUAAUUCAUUGUAAUAUUUUCUCUGUUUUUUUUCCCCCC